CUUAAUAGAGUGUGCUCUCUGGGGAUGUCCAGUGAAGCCCUGUGAGGAACUCUUGACAGGAGCUGGUGGACAACACAGAACUAUACUGGGAUUACUAGUAUCACUGCUCUACCUGUAGCUACCUUGGAACAUCACUAUAACUGGACUUAAAGCAUUCACAGCUACCCUAUGCUUCUGCAUAUAGCCUCUCUCUUAGCCUGUACUACAUAGAUUUCCAGCUAUACAAUGCUAAACUAAGCUUACAGUAAUAGUAUAUGCUAGCUUUCUUAGCCAAUGCUACAUAUUCUGACCAUACUAAAUAUUCAAUCUGCAAGUCGAUUUUUUCUAUAUUUGGACAAGUCUACGCUGUGGUGUGUUUGCUGUCCUGAGGUGAGGUGACUGCCGGGCAUGCAGAACGUCCAGGAGAGAGACCGGGUGGAGGAGAGGACUGCAGUUCAGUCCAGCGAAUCCGCGGAUGUCCCCCGCCUGUAUCCAUCGGGAGUCUCGCUCACUCACCUGGGAACGCUGAAGAGUCAGACGGAGGCGCAGUCGGGAUGGGACAGGCUUGAUCAGGGACUCCACCCCCAUAGGAGGACAACAGACACAGGAAGAGCCAUCCUGCAGCUCCACCCAGACCAGCGCGUCACCAUAUUGCACGCCAAGGUGGCGCAGAAAUCUUACGGCAACGAGAAACGCUUCUUUUGUCCUCCUCCCUGUGUGUACAUCAGCGGGUCAGGGUGGAGAGUCAAACAAGAUCACCUGAAAGCCGCAGGUUUCGGGGAUGCAUGCUAUCGUCUGUGUGGGUACAUGAGUGUGGACAGCUCAUGUCUCCCCCAGGCGGAGGCCUACAAGCUGGCCUUCGAGGAGCAAUGUGACCGCAGGAUGUUUGCCUGUGCCAAGUCUCUCUACAUCUCUGACACGGACAAGAGGAAGCACUUCCGCCUGGUUCUGAGCCUCCUCCUGGAGAGCGGACAGGAAGUGGGGUCUUUUCACAGCAACAUGAUCAAGGUCAUCUCCAAACCGUCCCAGAAGAGACAGUCCAUGAAGAACGCAGACCUGUGUAUCUCCUCGAGGUCGAGGGUGGCCCUGUUCAACCGCUUGCGGUCGCAGACUGUCAGCACACGGUACCUUGCAGUAGAGAAAGGGGAGUUCGUAGCCAGUGCUCGUCAGUGGACCGCGUUCACCAUCACUCUCGUGGAAGAACCGAAUGCUGACCAGGCCGAUUUCAUGAUGUGUGAGGGCUUCAUCUGCUAUGGCUGUGUGGUUCAGCUGGUCUGCACCCUAACCGGAGUGACCUUGCCCCCUUUGGUGAUCCGUAAGGUCAGCAAGCAGCACGCCAUCUUGGACGUAGACGAGCCUGUCUCCCAGCUCCACAAGUGUGCCUUCCAGUUCAGAGACGACCGGCAGAUGUACCUGUGUCUGUCUAAUGACAGAAUCAUAAAGUACCAGGCCUCCUCUAGCGAGCGGGAUCAGCCAAUGCGGGAGGUGCUGAACGAUGGAUCCUGCUGGACCAUCAUCGGUACGGAGGUGGUGGACUACUGCUUCAGCCAGAGCCCGGCCUGCAUCCAGAACCCUGUCAGCCCGGUACCUUCCAUCACUGGCCUGGAGGUGAAUGGGGGAGGACACGUGGCUAUGCUGGAGAUUAAUGGUGAAAACUUCAGCCCUCACCUCAAGGUCUGGUUCGGAAAUGUUGAAGCUGAAACCAUGUUCAAGUCCCCCAAGUCCAUGCUGUGUGUGGUCCCUGACGUCUCUAUGUUCAGCGGGGAGUGGCGUUGCCUGAGGCACCCCGUCACCGUACCCCUGUCCCUCCUCCGCCUGGAUGGCCUGAUGUACCACAGCACCUACAGCUUCACCUACACCCCCGAGCACCACCCCGCCCCACCCAGCAGCAGGGCCAUUCCGGACGGGGGCCAGGACUCAGACGCCCUCAUAGACUCCAUCCACCAGGAGUUCACCCGUGCAAACUUCCACCUCUUCAUGCAGAGCUAGCCACUGCCACGUGAAGCUAGCCAUUGCUCUGGAGAAAAAGCAAGAGCAAGUUAAGGGUGUGGGUGGCUGGCUAGCUAGCUAGCGAAGCUUACUGACACAAUGAGGGCUCGACACGCAUGGAAGGCUAGCUAAUGGGCCUGAAAAACUGAAGAGUUACCCAAGCCAACACCGUUUAGAGUUAAUGACAGUUGGGGGGUUUGAUAAUUCUGUGGAUUAAGGCUAUUUAGAGCUAAAGAAUCACUGCUAGCAAAUAGUGACACUAGCCAAAGAAAAAUCUACUCUAAUAAAAUG